AUGUCUGUUAUCGACGUGUGGGUUGGAUCUUGGAGGCCUCACAGACCCAGAGGACCUAUAGCUGCUCUAUACAGCAGUCCUGGGCCCAGAUACGCACUUCCUGGCGCCACAGGGCAGAACAACCAUGACCCACGGAAGCUAAAGGGUCCCGCGUUUAGUUUUGGGACGAGACAUCGGCAGUUUAGCUCUGACUGCUCUCCUGGCCCAGGGUACCUGGUGCCGUCCAACAUCACCAGACAGGGCCGCGAUGGAACCCCGGCCUACUCUGUCUACAGCAGACCCAAAGACCCACAGCUCUUCCAGACACCGGGACCAGGGCGAUAUUCCCCGGAGAAAGCUGGAAAGACAGCCUAUUACUCCGCUCCUGCUUACUCACUCUCCGCACGGAGCAAAGGAUUCCGUAAUGACCAAACCCCGGGCCCUGCCGCCUAUAUGCUGCCCUCAGUGCUGGGUCCUCACACGGUCAAUAAAACCUCCGCUCCAAACUUCUCCCUGACCGGACGCAGUAAAAUCGGCAGCUUCCACGAGGACCUGCAGAAGACUCCUGGUCCAGGGACCUACAGAGUGGUGGAUCCCGCUGUGUACAGACACAAGCCUCCUCACUACAGCAUGACGGGACGAAACAGCAUGCCUGGAGACACCACCCUCAAACCAGGACCUGGGGCUCACCAUCCUGAACAGGUGACCUUCACACGGAAUAAAGCUCCCAGUUUUUCGUUUGGAAUCCGUCACUCAGAGUUCAUCGCCCCUCUCAUUGUUAACGUUUCAGAAUGA